AUUUUUUUAAUUAUGUUUUGCUGUUCGAAUGCAAAAAAGAAAAUUGGCUAACCUACCUAACUUAAGUUGAAUAAUAUUUAGAAUUCUCUAGUAAUGAGUUAUAAUAUUUUAGGAACAAACUCUGAAUAUUAAUGAUGAAGCGAUUACAUUUAAUACUACUAUAUAAAACUAACAUAUUAACACAAUUUAAACGUAUAAGGUUACUUAAGAUCUUUAAACUAUAAGGUAUUGUAUAAAAUUAUAAAUAGGAGUAGCAGAUCAAAUAGCAGAAAUACUAGAAAUAAUGAUCAUGUAGCAUAAAAAGUACUUAUUAAACCUUUAAGAAAAACUCCUUUUUGGACUUUCAACAAAAAAGGAACUGAUACUACAACGAAAUAUUUAUCUACAAAAUAAGGAUAUACACUUCUUGUUACUAGGACUCCUAUAUGAAAUCCAUUAGAAUUUUCCAAUAUAUUUAUG